AUGGAAUUCUUAUCACCGGACAAACCAUUCGCUGGUUUCACCCCCACUUACUCCACAUUCAACAACAACGACUCAACCCAUAGGUCACACCACGCCAUAAAGUCACCCCCAUACUCCUGCUGCAACCAAACUGUAAAGUCACUCCAUUCUCUUCCCGCAACCCAACGUUUGAAUUCCCCUUUCUGUUUCAAUCUACUAUUCGUCAGCAUUAAACUCAAAACAGUCCGACCACUACCACACUCUGAUGACCCACUCCAUCUCAACCGUCGGAGCUGUCAACAGAACACCGGAAUUUAG